AUGGAGCAUCUUCCGAUACCCCGCGACCCAAUUAGUGAACAUCCGACAAUAGCAUUGGGCACCAAACAGUUCCAUGAACCUGGGCCUUUUUCCGACUACCCGACACAGCAUGGCGAGGUUCUCAACGCACAGUAUCCACAUGUUCCCACUCAAGCCGAUGCCCUUCAAGGGCGGUUCACAGCCGGAAUAUCGCAUAUGCAGGUUAUUGACUAUUACCAAGGUUGGUUGUUCUGCUCCUUGCUCCAGGAGUUUCUGGGAGACCUGUAUAAAUGGCAAAAAUAUACGUCUUGGACAUACGACGAUCAACAAAGGCUCAAGACUAUCAGCCUAUCUACAAAGACUUUGCACGAGGACCUGGCAUCGUUACGCGCAAGCGGGCCGCUGGCAUCCAUCCGAAGCGGUGAUGCAUAUGAAGAGUACCUAAAAGAAUGUUUGGAUCAAGCAUUCGAGGCCUUUGAUGAGAUCGAUUUCAAAUUCCCGGGCUUCUCGGCGGCCUUUGCCGAAGAAAUUCUAUGCCUGGCCAGCUUGGCCGAGACAUUAGACUCUGCGGUUCAGACGGCACUCGUUCACGGACCAGUCGCCGAAAUGGACCGAGGUGUACAGCACUUCCCAGAGUCAGCCAAGCGCCCAUGGUUCUCCAAGGUCGCCUCCUUGCUUGAUCUGUCCUCGGGAAAUAAUAAGCUCGCAAUGAUUAAGGCCGGCUGGUGCCCUGGUGAUAUCACUAAGAUCGGCGAGAGCUUCAACACCAUCGCCGCGUUCUAUUACUUUAGCAAGUUCAAGGCGGAUUCCACCGUGGCAGACUUACACAAAGACUGUCCCGAAUAUGGCUGCAGUCUCAGAAUACCGGCAGAGCCUAAACACAUGAGCGAGGGUUGCAACUGCCCGGGAAUGAUUUCAUUUGAUGAGGAAAACCUUAUAGACAUCUACCAAAAGGGCGAUGUCCCUUGUUUUUCCAUCGGAAGGCUUGAAGAUGGCAGUUUGGGCAUCGCUCUCAGUUCCUGCAGCAUCGACGAAGAGUCGCAGAAAGACCCCAAUAAUCACUACGUCGCUCUCUCACACGUAUGGUCAGAGGGUAUGGGUAAUCCGGCGGCGAAUGCCCUACCCUUUUGUCAGCUGGCAUACGCACAACACUGGGCAAUGAUGGCAUACCAAGUUGUGGAAGAGACAGAAGCAGACGAAUCAAAGGACGGCACGGGGAUUAUGAUCCAAACGAAACCCAAAAUACGCCAGCUUAAUAUCUGGAUCGACACCAUGUGUUGUCCUGCGACUCCUGGAUAUGGAAAGAAUCUUUGCCUCUCCAUGAUGCGGGAAAUCUACUCGAACGCCAAUGUUGUCAUGGUGAGAAGCGCAGUGCUUGAAGCUUUGGAAAUAGGCGACAUUGUACGGGAUCCCUCCAAAGGGGUGAUGGAUGUUGCAGCACAGCUGUACCUAUCUCCUUACAUGCGCAGGAUGUGGACAUUACAAGAGGCAGUCCUAGCUGGUGCUUCCAGAGCUCGAGGGAUUGGCGACCGGCUUUGUCUGUCAUUCGCCGAUGGCAUCCUCUCGCUCGAGUCAAUCAUCAACCUUCUGAAGCAAGCCCCCCGACAAGAGGCCUUGUUGGCAUACCGCUUCAUGGCAGAAUUCCGCGACCUCAGCACUCACAUGUGGCAGCUAGGAGAUGGUGAUGGCGACAAGCCAGUGAAGCACAGUCUGAAGGGAUUUGACUUCUUCUUGAGCAUGCUCACUGCCGCUUUGAAAUACCGCAACGUCACGGUUGCGUCCGACGAGGUGAUUUGCUUGGCUACGCUGCUGAAUCUGCGUAUCAACAGCACACGGGGAGUCAUACCUCUCAUUGGUCACGGAGAGACUCCCGAGGAGGGCAUGUGUGAGUUGUGGAGGAGGCUUCAGGGCCUCGGUGGGAGUCUGCCAUCUGACCUUAUUUUCUCCUCUGUCCCACGUGUUCAAGUCCCAGGAUAUCGGUGGGCACCCGCAACUCUUGUCCAGUACGCGAAAUACGGCAAUCUCUAUGUUUCUCAUUCCAGUGCGUAUCCGGCGAAGAUUUCCGACAAGGGUCUACACGUGAGGCUUCCUGGGGCGCGACUCACGAGUUUGGCUGCCACUGCUGGUUCAUUUGGCAAGUUAUUGCCAAUGGUAUCAAUGAAUGACCGAAAGGAUAUCCACUCGGAAGAUGAAGCCACACCCCCUUCUGUAUUUUUGGCAAAGCUACAAGCAGAUGAAGAUGGCUGGUUUGCUGUCAGGAUCCACAAGGGCGAAAAUGAGACCCGGGAAUCUGCACAUGCAGAAUCACGCUCCGAAUCAAGUCAGAGGCCAAAUCUUCUCCAACUCCUUGGGAGCAGGUCUGUGGCGCUGAUAUACCAGAACGCCAACAUCAGCGGGCCAGGUCUACUCGUUUCCAUUGCGUCGCAACCGUCAGAACUGAGCGCUCUCGACAUUCUGAGUCUGAAUCAGGAGCCUUUGCAGACCACGAGCGAGUUACCUGUAAAGAUAAUGCCUCUCAGCGGCGGUGCCAGCAUCAUUGCUGAAGCAGCCAACAACUGUGUCGAAGAGCUGAAUCGAAGGGUUGUGGUUGAGUCGAGACAGCGGACAGGCGGAGAUGCCGUUGAGAAUAUCUGGGAAGAUGCUGUUGUCAUUGCUGAGCUAUUGAAGCAAACGGCCAAGAAAAUUGUGGAAGAGUCCAGUGCAGCCCUGAAAGAAGCCUUGUAUUUCGAGGUGUUGUCUACGAAAGCCUCUGCCACUUACGAGGCCGCCAUCGAGCGCUUCAUGCAGUAUGUGCGCCAGGUGGCGUACUUUGGCGGCGGUAUAAGGUGCGAGUCUUACCCGGACGACCAAGACUGGUAUGUGGAUUGA